AUGUAUGCUAGUAGGCCUGACGAAAUGAAAAAUGUUUGUCUGGCUGAUUUUGCUUCGAUGUAUAAUAUCUCAAAGAGAAGAAUAGAUAUUGCUCAAACUACAGAAAAUUCUGAUGAUGAAAAUAUCACAGAAGAUGAAAAUGAUGAUAAAAGUACUGCUUUGAAGAUGAAAAAUGGAAAAGGUUGGAUUAAAAAAAGAACAAAGCAGAAAAUCAUAAGAUACAGAUACUUUAAGCUACAUCAAGAUGCUGAAAACUAUUAUAGAGAGCAGUUGAUGUUGUUUCUACCAUGGACUAAUGAAGAAGAAGAACUUAUUCACGUAAAUCAUGAAGAGAAGUUUGAAUUGUACAAAGAUAUAAUUCAACAGAAAAGAUCUGAAUAUAUUCAUCGUGAAGCUAAUGAAUUCGACCAAGCUUUAGAGGAGCACAACGAAAAUGAAGAUGAAGAUGGUAUUGAUGACACAAAUGUCGAAUACGACUAG